GCAGCCGCUGCCCUUUUCCGGUUAGCCUGCUAGCACGGAGCUCUCAUGUCCCACCGCAUUUAGCUGCUCGUCUCUUCACUAUUUACUCCCAGUUUAAACUACUUUCCCCUUGUCAAACGCAAACAUGGCAGACGCCAUUCAAAAGAAGCUGAAAGCAGAAGUAGAAAAGUACACACAGAUGCAAAAAGAUGUCAGUAAGAGUGUGUCCGCCCGACAGAAGCUGGAGACGCAGCUGACAGAGAACAACAUCGUCAAAGAGGAGCUUGAUCUGCUGGACGGCACAAACACAGUUUAUAAGCUUAUUGGUCCAGUGUUAGUCAAACAAGACCUGGAUGAGGCCAAAGCAACAGUCACAAAAAGGCUGGAGUACAUCAACGGAGAGAUUCAAAGGUAUGAGGCGCUCCUGAAAGAAAUGGAAAAGAAAUCUGAACAGCAUCGAGAAGUCUUGUCCAGUUUACAGCAGGAGUUUCAGAAAGCCCAGGGCCUGGCUGUUGGCAAAGUCUGACCGAGUGAUCCAGCUGCAUGCUCACACACACACAACACAACACAACACGCACAUAUAGAUAAACAUAGAAGGGGUCAGUCAUAAUAUAAUGUAAACCCACAAGAUAAAGUAAAUCCUGCUUGUCAGUCAUUUGCAGCAUUAUUACUGUGACUUUUCUCUUGUUACUAAUAAACAUGUUUUUCAUGAACUCA